AUGUGGAAAUGGAUACUGACACAUUGUGCCUCAGCCUUUCCCCACCUGCCCGGCUGCUGCUGCUGCUUUUUGUUGCUGUUCUUGGUGUCUUCCGUCCCUGUCACCUGCCAAGCCCUUGGUCAGGACAUGGUGUCACCAGAGGCCACCAACUCUUCUUCCUCCUCCUUCUCCUCUCCUUCCAGCGCGGGAAGGCAUGUGCGGAGCUACAAUCACCUUCAAGGAGAUGUCCGCUGGAGAAAGCUAUUCUCUUUCACCAAGUACUUUCUCAAGAUUGAGAAGAACGGGAAGGUCAGCGGGACCAAGAAGGAGAACUGCCCGUACAGCAUCCUGGAGAUAACAUCAGUAGAAAUCGGAGUUGUUGCCGUCAAAGCCAUUAACAGCAACUAUUACUUAGCCAUGAACAAGAAGGGGAAACUCUAUGGCUCAAAAGAAUUUAACAAUGACUGUAAGCUGAAGGAGAGGAUAGAGGAAAAUGGAUACAAUACCUAUGCAUCAUUUAACUGGCAGCAUAAUGGGAGGCAAAUGUAUGUGGCAUUGAAUGGAAAAGGAGCUCCAAGGAGAGGACAGAAAACACGAAGGAAAAACACCUCUGCUCACUUUCUUCCAAUGGUGGUACACUCAUAGAGGAAGGCAAUGUUCAUGGAUGCAGUAGAACCAAUGGCUCUUUUGCCAAGAAUAGUGGAUAUUCUUCAUGAAGACAGUAGACUGAAAGGCAAAGACACGUUGCAGAUGUCUGCUUGCUUAAAAGAAAGCCAGCCUUUGAAGGUUUUUGUAUUCACUGCUGACAUAUGAUGUUCUUUUAAUUAGUUCUGUGUCAUGUCUUAUAAUCAAGAUAUAGGCAGAUCGAAUGGGAUAGAAGUUAUUCCCAAGUGAAAAACAAUGUGGCCGGGUUUUUUUGUUGUUGUUGCCGUUGUUAAGUUUUUGUUUUUAAACCUCUGAGAUAGAACUUAAAGGACAUAGAACAAUCUGUUGAAAGAACGAUCUUCGGGAAAGUUAUUUAUGGAAUACGAACUCAUAUCAAAGACUUCAUUGCUCAUUCAAGCCUAAUGAAUCAAUGAACAGUAAUACAUGCAAGCAUUUACUGGAAAGCACUUGGGUCAUAUCAUAUGCACAACCAAAGGAGUUCUGGAUGUGGUCUCAUGGAAUAAUUGAAUAGAAUUUAAAAAUAUAAACAUGUUAGUGUGAAACUGUUCUAACAAUACAAAUAGUAUGGUAUGCUUGUGCAUUCUGCCUUCAUCCCUUUCUAUUUCUUUCUAAGUUAUUUAUUUAAUAGGAUGUUAAAUAUCUUUUGGGGUUUUAAAGAGUAUCUCAGCAGCUGUCUUCUGAUUUAUCUUUUCUUUUUAUUCAGCACACCACAUGCAUGUUCACGACAAAGUGUUUUUAAAACUUGGCGAACACUUCAAAAAUAGGAGUUGGGAUUAGGGAAGCAGUAUGAGUGCCCGUGUGCUAUCAGUUGAGUUAAUUUGCACUUCUGCAGUAAUAACCAUCAACAAUAAAUAUGGCAAUGCUGUGCCACGGCUUGAGUGAGAGAUGUCUGCUAUCAUUUGAAAACAUAUAUUACUCUCGAGGCUUCCUGUCUCAAGAAAUAGACCAGAAGGCCAAAUUCUUCUCUUUCAAUACAUCAAUUUGCCUCCAAGAAUAUACUAAAAAAAGGAAAAUUAAUUGCUAAAUACAUUUAAAUAGCCUAGCCUCAUUAUUUACUCAUGAUUUUUUGCCAUAUGUCAUGGCGGUAAAGAGGCUGUCCACAUCUCUAAAAACCCUCUGUAAAUUCCACAUAAUGCAUCUUUCCCAAAGGAACUAUCAAAGAAUUUGGUAUGAAGUGCCACUCUCCCAGGGGCUUAAACUGAGCAAAUCAAAUAUAUACUGGUAUAUGUGUAACCAUAUACAAAAACCUGUUCUAGCUGUAUGAUCUAGUCUUUACAAACCAAAUAAAGCUUGUUUUCUGUAAAUUUAAAGAGCUUUACAAGGUUCCAUAAUGUAACCAUAUCAAAAUUCACUUUGUUAGAGCAGGUAUAGAAAACAGUACAUAAGAGUUUACCAAUCAUCAUCACAUUGUAUUCCACUAAAUAAAUACAUAAGCCUUAUUUGCAGUGUCUGUAGUGAUUUUAAAAAUGUAGAAAAAUACUAUUUGUUCUAAAUACUUUUAAGCAAUAACUAUAAUAGUAUAUUGAUGCUGCAGUUUUAUCUUCAUAUUUCUUGUGUUGAAAAAGCGUUUUAUUGUUUAGACACAGUAUUUUGGUACAAAAAAAAGACUCACUAAAUGUGUCUUACUAAAGUUUAACCUUUGGAAAUGCUGGCGUUCUGUGAUUCUCCUACAAACUUAUUUGUGUCAAUACUUAACCAGCACCUCCAGUUAAUCUGUUAUUUUUAAAAAUUGCUUUAUUAAGAAAUUUUUUGUAUAAUCCCAUAAAAGGUAAUAUUUUUCCCAUUCUUCAAAAAAAUUGUAUUUCAGAAGAAACACAUUUGAGGCACUGUCUUUUGGCUUACAGUUUAAAUUGCAUUUCAUCAUACUUUGCUUCCAGCCUGCUUUGUGGCAAAUGAGAUUAUAAAAAUGUUUAAUUUUUGUGGUUGGAAUCGAUGUUAAAAUUUAAUUGGUAACUCAGUCUGUGAGCUAUAAUGUAAUGCAUUCCUAUCAAAACUAGGUAUCUUUUUUUUCCUUUAUUUUAAAAUAAUAAUUGCACCUGACACAUAAACAUAGACCACCCACAACCAAAAUUAAAUGUUUGGUGAGACAAAUACACAUUGGAUGACCACAGUAACAGCAAACAGGGCACAAACUGGAUUCUUAUUUCACAUAUACAUUUAGAUUACUAAAGAGACUAUGUGUAAACCGUCAUCAUUAUAGUACUCAAGACACUAAAACAGCUUCUAGCAAACUGUAUUAAAGCUUGCAGAGGCCAAAAAUAGAAAACAUCUCCCUGUCUCUCCCACAUUUCCCUCACAGAAAGACAAAAAACCUGCCUGGUGCAGUAGCUCACACCUGUAAUCCCAGCAGUCUGGGAGGCUGUGGGAAAUGGCUUGAGUCCAGGAGUUCUAGACAGGCCUGAGAAACCUAGUGAGACAUCCUUCUCUUAAACAAAACAAAACAAAUGUAGCCAUGCAUGGUGACAUAUACCUGUGGUCCCAACUACUCAGGAGGCUGAAGCGGAAGGAUCUCUUGGGCCCAGGAGUUUGAGGCUGCAGUGAGCUAUAAUCUUGCCACUGCACUCCAGCCUGGGUGAAAAAGAGCCAGAAAGAAAGGAAAGAGAGAAAAGAGAAAAGAAAGAGAGAAAAGACAGAAAGACAGGAAGGAAGGAAGGAAGGAAAGAAGG